AUGGGCUACCUGUAUGCUGGACCGAUGACCCGUGAUAUGUUCACAUUGGGAUAUUUCCGAAUGACAUCCAAUAUCAGUACGGAUACUGUACAGUACCUUGACCUUGAGAUCUCAGUGAAGGAUUACAAGAUUGCAUACAGCCUGUUCAGUAAACCAACGGACCGUAACAUCAUUUUACACUACGACAGUGCACACCCUAUGGCAUUGAAGAAAUCACUAAGUCGCAAUACAUGA